GACAGAUGUGGAAAAUAAAUAAAUGAGUAAUGACGACGAGAUCAUUAUCAAAAAUUGUUAUAAACAGUUGUGAACAAGCGUUAGCGUGAUAUAACAUUGUUUAGUAUUGUGUAUACGAACUUUAGACUCCGCGUUUACUGAUGAACAAAUAUGUCAAACAAUCCAAAUUCGAAUUUUUCUUUCCAUCGAAGCCAGUCGGCGGAUUUAACCCAUCCUCAGCCUAGAACCUUCUUUCAAACAAAUAGUAACAAUGUGUUACCGUCAAUCUCAGCACCUGCUUCAUUCCAGAGACGAACUGUAGAAGGUGCAAGACAGCUGAGGGAUAGUUUAACGAAUGUCAUUAGGGAAAUAGAACCUCUUGUGGAAACUGCAAGGUCAGUAAACGCCGGAGUUACUAACUUUCUAAACAGGCCGCAGUCUGAAGUGAAUGUUUCUCGGCCACCAGUGGAAGCUAACAAUGACAGUUACUAUAUAAAUCUAGAAAUUGAACCCAGCAGGGAUCCUGAAGCUCCCCCUCAACAAGACAAUGAAAACUUUAAUAACACUGUUAACAAUACUGACAACAACAACACAGAGGACACAGAAAGAGCUCAGAAUGUCGUGGAAGCUCAGCAGUUUAUUAAAGUGUUAUUAAAAUAUGUUCCUUUUAUUUUGAUAUUACUGGCGAAGAGCCUUUACGACUACCAUGAAGGAAUUUUUAUUCUAGUAAUUUUGUUUAUAACUUUCGCUCACACUAAUUCUGCAGUUAAAAAAGAAACAGUUUUAAGACAAAGAAGAAGCAUUGGUGUACUGGCUAUGUCACUGCUGUACAUUGCAGUUUGUCUAAUAUUUAUUCAUUAUGUAUUUGCUGAUGAUCUACAUGAUUUCAAUGUAGUGUUGAAUUUGGUAUUGAUUAGAUCAUUUACUCAUACUCUGACUGUGUGGAACUUGUUAUGGAUAGUAACAAUAACAGAUUUUACUUUGAAACUGAUGACUGUAUCUGUUAAAAUAUUGUUAACUAUGUUGCCUGGAGUUAUUCUGGAUUUUAAAAAAAGGGGAAAAAUAUAUUUAUUCAUUGAAGCAAUAUCCCAAAUGUACCGAAGCAUUGCUACUAUUCAACCUUGGCUGUAUUACUUGCUUGAAUCCUACCAGGGACCUGAGAAGAUAGUAGCUGUGUUCUUGUCUGCAUUUUAUAUGAUUUCUAAGGGUUCAGACUUGAUGUCCAGGGUUAAGUUACUCAAAUUGGCUUGUCUGAAGCUCCUACAGAAUGUUAGUAUAGGUUCAUCUCCCAGCAAAGAUCAAAUCCAAACAGCUGGAGAUCAUUGCCCCAUCUGCCAUGACCAAUAUGAUUCCCCAGUUCUACUCCAGUGCAGACAUAUCUUCUGUGAAAGCUGCGUCACCACUUGGUUUGAUAGGGAACAAACUUGCCCCCUUUGUAGAGCAAAGAUUGUAGAUGAUCCAUCUUGGAGGGAUGGUUCCACCUCAUAUUUUAUGCAGCUGUUUUGAGUCUGAUUGGUACAUACAUCAAAUAGGAUGUGGUAUGGUUUUAAUUAGGGUGUGUGGGAGACUAUAGUGUUUUUUGUACUAUUUUAUGAUCUAUUGUGUGGUUUUAUUAUGCAUUACUGCAAAUGAUCACUAUAUAUUUGGUCACUGACAUACUAAACAGUACUAAAUAUUGUUAUUUUUUAUAAUUAGUAUCAAAAUAGACUUAAAAAUGAAAAAAACAGUAUAGGAACCCUUCAUUAAGAUCUAUAUACUAAUUAGACAAUUUCAGCUUCUGUUACUGUACUGAUUAUACAACAAGGUAGUUAUUAGAUAAGUUUAACAUAUUGAGAUAUUAUUAAGUCCAACUACAGGCAGUUAAUAUUACAAAAUAUUUGUCUGAUGCAAUAUAUGAUAUACUCUCAGGAUCAUAAAAUCUGGGUCACAUUGAAAAUUUCAGGUUUUUUGAAUAUUUUUGCCACUGGUGCAAUAAUAACCUUUUUUUAGGAUAAUGUAUUUUUUAUUUGUCAUCAAUGUUUGUUUUGAAAGAAAAAAAAAAUGGUUUUUUAUUGUUUUUAUGGAAAAAGCAGAAAACAACCAAAUUUUUGAUAAAACAGACAUAUACG